ACGGUAUAUAGAUAUAUUUUAUUAUUUUAAGUUUGGUACGCAUAGUUGCGAGUACGCAUGUGUUUCGUUUGCCAUCAAUAAGGUAGUUAAUAUUUUUAUAAAACAUUGAAAUCUAAAGUCUUAAUAUUAAUAUAAUAUCUUAAUAUUAACUGAAAAACGUUAUCUUGCUCUCGUAUCGUUUUAUAUCAAAAUGUUAAAAGUGAUUUGAAAGUAUUCUGUUAAAGGAAUUAUAUUAUAUUGAAUAUAAAAAUGUCGAGCAGCAGUUCUGAGAGUAGUGACGAUAGUCGUCAUGAAAAAUCUAGGAAAAGAUAUAAACAUAAAUAUCCUAACCAAGAAAGACGAUCGAACAGAAAGGAAUUGUGCAACAAGAAUAAAAGUUACAGAGAUAGGAGAGAAGGUAGGGACGUUCACAAAUUUAGCAGAGAAGUAAGAAGAGAAAAUAAUGAUAUACAUCGUGAUAGAUCACAAGGCGAACGGGAUAGAACAUAUAGGGAUAGUCGACAUGAUCAUCCAAGGAGGGAAGAUGAUAGACAAUAUGAUAGAAGAAGAUAUGAUAGAUCACCUUUAAGAAGAGAAGAAUCUCGUCCAAGACAUAGAGAUUAUGAGGAGAAAACUAAAAAGCACAGAGAAUCAAUGGAAUAUACUAAGAAACAUGACAAUGUAAAUAAAGAAACAAGAAAUAAUUUUGAAGAGGUAAAGGUAAAAAAAGAACCUUCGCCGGAAUGGGGUAAACCUAUUGUUAAAACAGAACUUAAACCAAAGCCACAAGAAAAAGAGAAACCAAAUUUUGAAUUAUCUGGAAAAUUAACAGAAGACAGAAAUACUGUUAAUGGUGUAGUAAUUAAAUAUUCUGAACCUCCAGAUUCAAGAAAACCAAAACGUAGAUGGAGAUUAUAUCCUUUCAAAGGAGAAAAGGCAUUGCCUACAUUAUAUGUACAUAGGCAAUCAGCUUACCUUAUGGGAAGAGACCGUAAAGUUGCUGACAUUCCUUUAGAUCAUCCUUCAUGUUCUAAACAGCAUGCUGUUUUACAAUAUCGUUUAGUAUCUUUUCAAAAAGAAGGUGGUGGUGAAGGAAGAAGAGUUCGUCCUUACCUUAUAGAUCUAGAAUCUGCAAAUGGUACAUUUGUAAAUAAUGUAAAAUUGGAACCAAGAAGAUAUCAUGAAUUAUUAGAAAGAGAUGUAGUACGAUUUGGAUUUAGUUCUAGGGAAUAUGUUUUAUUACAUGAACAUAGUAAAGAUGAUUCAUUAGACGAUGAUGUUCCCCUAACAACUACAAAUGCGACUACUGUUACUACUACUGCAUAGGAUUUUACUUGUAAAAUAUUUAAGAACUUAUAAAAUAUUUUAAAUAUAUUAUCUGAAUAUAUAAUUUACUUAUUAGGACAAAUUGUAAGGCUAAGUUAUGAUUGUCUUUAAGUAAAAAAACUUACUAUAAAAAAAUUAAUCAAUUCUUACAUAAAGUAUUAAUAACAAUAUAAUAUUUGUUUUAUGAAAUUUUUUUUUAACAAAAAAAAUUGUCAACACACAAAUAUCACAUUUUAUCUAAUCAGGAACAAAAAUUGAUUGUAAAAAAUAAUUUUUGAAAUACAUGAAAUUUAUUCAUUUA